CAAUGACGGUAUUCACUGAUAACAUUUCAUAUACUGACGGUUCAAACAGAACUAAGUAAUUGUUGAGGUGACAGGACUAAAGGCAAGAUGAAGGGAAUCAUAGCGGUAGCUGUUGUUUGUCUUAUCGCUGAAUGUACAGAUGCACAGAUUACAGCAUGGACAGUAGGAAGUGGUUAUACUGUGGCACCGGCUGGCAAUAAGGUAGCCACUAUCACGAGAACGGAAUUGUCCGAAGGACUUGCAGUGGGUGGCGAUAUCGCAGUUUUCACGGCAACACCUACUGCUUCAUCCGCAACUGUGACAUACGCGAUUACUAUAAACGCUGGCGAUGUUGGUGUAAUUUCGUCAAAUACGAUCCAGCUGGCAACCGGAAAAAAAAUAGAUUUCGAGACCAGCCCUUCCCUUGUGUUUGUUGUCACAGCUGUUGAGGCCAGCAAAACAGCUGCAGGUGAAACAGGUACAGCUACGGUUACAGUGAACAUCAAAAACAUGUUGGAGUUUUCGAAGUCAAAGUAUGAGCUUUGCGCAAACGAUGGACUGACUGCAGGUUCCGUAAUCGGGACUUUCGCGGUAACUGAUGCACAAACUGGCGAAACAGUGACAUAUGGAGGCGUUAGCAACGCAGAUCUAGAGUACGUCGCAGCAAAUGGUGUCCUGAAAGUGGCCACUGGAAAAACACUGAAUAAGGCGACCACUAACUCCUACACGCUUGCCCUUACCGCUAUCGGAACCCUCUCAGGUGGCACAGCAUCCGCCGCUGGAGCUGCCGAGGUGGUCAUUACAGUCUGCACGCCAUCUAGCGCUGCAAAGGUCUCUGCAGUUGUUGGAGCUAUUCUGCUGUCCAUUGUCGCUUCAGUGUUUAUUUAAAUAGUUACCAUGAAUUUUAGACGCAAUCAAACCAUAUUUUAAAUUCUGUCUAAUGUAAAAUUAAAUACAUCGUGUUUGAGUCAUGUCCGGUUUAUUACAGCUAAUUGUUUAUUCAAACGUGUUAUUUAUUUAAAGUACUGAUAAUCUUAUCAAAAUUAUCAAAUUGAAUAUAAAUAGAACUAGAAUACACCCAUACUGUUUUGAAUUAUUUUUGAUAUUCUAUGAUUUGUUUAUGCACUUUUACUUACACUGAAAUGUCCUGUAUAAAUAUCCGCAAUGAUGAUGAUAACAU